AUGGACUUCAAGCCAUCUCCUUCGACAGUCGAUACGCCCGUUUCUACUGAGAGAUAUUCGUUGCCAGAUGAGGCUCCCGGCAAGAAUGACUAUGCCCCUGGGGUGGUUGAGAACGUUGCUCGCGUCGUUGAUCAUAAGGCUGAACGGGCGCUCUGCCGUCGAUUUGAUCUGCGGUUGAUGCCCGUGUUGGCUAUUAUGUACCUUUUCAAUGCUCUGGACAAGGGCAAUCUCGGUAAUGCAGAGACAGAUGGAAUGAGCGACGGGCAGUACAAUCUUCUGCUAUCGAUCUUCUUCGUUCCCUAUGUGAUCUUCGCGCCGCCAAUCGCUAUGCUAGGCAAGCGCUUCAGUCCGGCGAGGGUGCUGCCAAUCCUGAUGUUUAGCUUUGGCUCCUUCACCCUUAUUGCAUCGUCCACAAAGAACUUUGGUGGCAUGUUCGCGCUGCGCUGGUUCCUCGGCAUGGCAGAGGCUGCCUUCUUUCCCCUGGUCAUCUACUACCUGACCACCUUUUAUCGUCGUGCCGAGUUAGCUCGCCGUUUAGCCGUCUUCUACGCAGCCUCCAACAUCGCCAACGCUUUCGCCGGCUUGAUUGCGUUCGGGGUCUUCCAGAUCAAAAACACGCCCAUGUCUCAAUGGCGUUACCUAUUCAUAAUUGAGGGCGGUGCCACCGUCGCCUUCUCCAUCUUUGCCUUCUGGUACCUCCCCCGCAGCGCCGCCGAGGCCAAAUUCCUCUCAUCCGACGAGAAAGCCCUCGCAUUCCACCGUAUCCAGGUCGACUCGAGUGCCAUCGUCAACGAGAAAUUCAAUCUCCGCGAAGCUCUCGCUAUCUUCCGCCACCCAACAACAUACGGCUUCCUCGCUAUCGAGAUCUGCCUCGGCGUUCCGCUCCAGGGCGUCGCCCUCUUCAUGCCGCAAAUUAUCCAGCGACUGGGCUACUCAACCGUCAAAACUAAUCUCUACACCGUCGCUCCCAACGUCACAGGUGCCGUCAUGCUGCUUAUUCUCGCAUUCAGCUCUGAUGCUGUCAAGCUCCGCUCCCCAUUUAUCGUCCUCGGGUUCCUAUUCACCUUCACCGGCUUCAUGAUCUACGCUUCCAUCUCAGACGUCCAGGCCCAGAUCAAGCUGGCCUACUUCGCCACCUUCAUGAUGACCUGGGGCACAUCAGCGCCGUCCGUCCUACUCAGCACCUGGUAUAACAACAAUAUUGCGCACGAGGGCCGUCGCGUCCUGCUAACAUCUAUCGGCGUGCCGCUUGCCAAUCUGAUGGGACUAGUCGCCAGUAACGUCUUCCGAGAGCAGGAUAAACCGAAGUAUAUGCCUGCGCUAAUCACAGUGGGAUCGUUUGGAGCGACCGGUGCUUUUCUCGCAGGGCUUUUGGGUCUGUAUAUGGUUCUUGAUAAUAGGAGGCGGAAUCGUAGGGACGGGCUUACUGUAAAAGCCAGCGACGUUCCCACUGAGCGACUACGGGAUGGGCCUGCUUCGAUGUUUCAGUUCCCCGAUGCACAUACAUCUUUCACCUUAGGUCGCUAUUAUUGCGACGAGUAA